AUCUUUACACAAUGAAAAUGAAAAUCCUAGAAAUUCUGAAAUUGAGUUUUAUUAAAUUCAUACAUUAAAGGCAUGCUACACUACAUAACUCUCAUAUGAACAGAUGAAUUCUACAGCAGAUAAAAUAAACUCACACAAUAAUCUUUGAAUUCCUUUUCUUUUCUUUCUUCUUUCUCGUGAUAUAGUGAUAAUUUGUAAUGUAGCUGAAUUUCUUAUUCAAUUCUGCAAAGCAGUUUCCAUAGAAUCCAAUCCUCAAUCCUACAAUAAGAAAAUCCAAAUACAUUAAAUAACCAUAGAAAUGGAUGUAGUAACGUUCGGGAUCAUAGUGGGCAUAAUACUCCUCUUUUUAUGCGCCGUUUGUUUCAUCACAAUCGAAGGCACCUGCAAGCGAAGCACCCACUCUUAAACCCUUCUAAGUUCUUAAUUUCUUUUUACAUUUUUAUACCUCGUCUUAUUCCAAUCCAAACGCGCCGUUAGUUGGGAUGGGGGCCAUUUCAGUUAGUCGGCGGCAGAUCUACUACUGUAUGUUUGGCGUUUUGGCGGUGGUGGGGUUUGGAUUGUCUGCGGCGGCGGCCCACCAGUGCAGCCACGACCACCAUCACCAUGAUCACCAUGUACAUGAUGACGAGGAUAUAGGGUUGUUGAAGAAGAAUCAAGGGCAGCAGGCGCUUCUUCCAGAGGAAAUUGCUGAAGAGGAAGAUCUGAAGAUGAUGUGGGGCCAUGAUGAUGAUCAUCAUGAGUUUGGACAUGGACAUCAUGAGCACGAUGGUGAUUUGGAGCUUUCAGGGCUUGGUCUCUGGAUCAAUGCCAUGGGUUGCUCACUGUUGGUUAGCUUGGCUUCCCUUAUUUGCCUUAUUUUGUUGCCUUUCAUUUUUGUACAGGGGAAGCCAUCAAAGGCUUUUGUUGAUUCUUUAGCAUUGUUUGGGGCAGGAGCUAUGCUAGGUGAUGCUUUUCUUCAUCAGUUGCCGCAUGCUUUUGGAGGUGAGCAGGCGGCCCAUUCACAUGAUCACCACGAUGACCAUCACCAUGAGCAUUCUGGGCAGUCACAUUUGCAUUCGCAUUCACAUUCCUUGAAGGAUCUGUCCGUUGGUUUGUCAAUUUUGGCUGGAAUCAUAGUUUUUCUUAUUGUCGAGAAACUUGUGAGGUACGUCGAAGAAUAUUCUGGCGGAGUAAAUGAUUGGAAUACUGGUCAUCACCACCACCACCAUCAUAAGCACUCUAACAAAUUGAAAGAUGAUGAUCAUGUAGAUGAAAAUCAUCAGGCACAGUCGCAUGAUGAGAAAUCAUCUGAAGGAAAAGAAUUGGAUAAGCCUGCUAAAAAAGCUCACAGUGGUAAAACUAGUGAAAAAGAUUCUCUGCGGAAGAGAAGUACUGGCACCAAGUCUACUGAAGACUCACUUGUUGAAAAAGUUUCCAAUGGUAAUCUCAACUCUGUUGAGACAAAAGCACCCAUCAAAUCACAGUCAAGUUUGGUGUUUGGCUACCUGAACCUCUUUUCAGAUGGAGUGCAUAAUUUUACCGAUGGGAUGGCUUUGGGAAGCGCUUUCCUCCUCUAUGGAUCAGUUGGUGGCUGGUCGAGAACUCUGUUUCUUCUUGCCCAUGAGCUUCCUCAAGAGAUAGGCGAUUUUGGAAUUUUGGUGAGAUCUGGUUUUACUGUCUCCAAAGCCCUCUUCUUUAACUUUCUGUCUGCACUGGCGGCACUGGCAGGAACCGCUCUGGCUCUGAUGUGGGGAAAAGAUCCUGGACAGUCAUCUUUGAUUGAGGGUUUUACUGCUGGUGGUUUUAUAUAUAUUGCCCUCGCUGGAGUUUUGGCUGAGAUGAACAACGGCACAUCAGCUUUGAGGAACACAGGGAUGCAAUUAGUAUCGUUGCUGCUGGGAAUGGGUGUAGCCCUUUGUAUAUCACUUGUAGAAUGAUAUUGAUUUUUAGUUUCUUCUUCUUGAGGAAUGUAAAAUGUCAAAAUAUUUGAAUCAUUCCUUCAAUUAUCACAAGUUGUUGUAUACAAGAAACAGCCCCCAAAAUUUGAGUAGUCUUGUUUGGACAUAA